CGCAGCAGGCUCCGACGCUCUGUGCCGCGGGCAGUCGCUUGUAUUAUUGUCGGUGCUCGCCAGUCGCCAGUCACUACUAUGCGUCGAGGCUUGUGUCUGUCCCUCGUUCUGUCUUUCACUUUCUUAUCAGUACUGCAGCGCACUGAUUGUUCGACAUCAUUAUAUUAUAUAUAAAUAUUUCGUUUUAUUUAUAUUCUAACGAUCUAACUGUCAUUUGUAAAUAAUUGUCCGGAAAGAUAGUUGUGGUAAAAUCAUGGCUGACGACUACGGAAGUAUGGAGGACAAUGCUGGUGAUAUGAAUACCAAAUUUGGGCUGCGAUUGCGUGGGCGCAAAGGAGCUUUGAAAAAGAAGAACGUCUACAACGUCAAAGAUCACAAAUUUAUACCGAGAUUCUUUAAGCAACCGACUUUCUGUAGCCAUUGCAAGGACUUCAUAUGGGGUUUUGGAAAACAAGGAUUUCAAUGUCAAGUAUGCAGUUUUGUUGUGCACAAACGAUGUCACGAAUUUGUUUCCUUUACUUGCCCCGGAGCUGACAAGGGACCUGAUUCUGAUGCCGAAACGGCGAAACAUCAAUGGGAUCUUCAUACGUAUAUCACACCUUCUUUUUGCGACCAUUGUGGAUCUAUGUUGCACGGCAUUACCCAUCAGGGUCUCAAGUGUACAGCAUGUGAUAUGAAUGUACAUAAGCGGUGCCAGGAGAGUGUUCCGAACUUAUGCGGUUGCGAUCAUACUGAACGACGUGGACGAAUAGAAGUGAAAGUCACGUGCCACGGAACAAAACUUAUCAUAGAAAUUCGCCAAGGAAAAAAUCUCAUUCCAAUGGAUCCUAACGGGGCAUCAGACCCCUAUGUGAAGUUGAAACUUAUACCAGAUACAGACAACAUAAAGAAGAAAACCAAGACAAUCAAAUCGUCGUUAAAUCCCGUAUGGAAUGAGACAAUUACGUUUGAGCUGAAACCUGAAGAUAAAGAUCGCAGACUAUUGAUUGAGGUGUGGGAUUGGGACAGGACGUCCAGAAACGAUUUCAUGGGAUCUUUGUCGUUUGGAAUAUCGGAACUAAUCAAAAUGCCGGUAGAAGGUUGGUUCAAGCUAUUGACUCAAGAAGAAGGGGAAUUCUAUAAUGUGCCCGUGCCUGAAGAAGGUGCCGACUUGGCUGCACUAAAAUAUCAAAUGCGGGGCUCAAAAACGCAAAGUCGAAAUUUGAAGACAUCAUUAACCAACAGAAAACCAAUGGUGCCCGACAAAGAUGUACCUCAUAAUAUGGGGAAAAAAGAUGUGAUCAGGGCAUCAGAUUUCAACUUCUUACAAGUACUCGGAAAAGGCAGUUUUGGAAAAGUAAUGUUAGCUGAGCGUAAGGGAACCGAUGAAUUGUAUGCGAUAAAAAUUUUGAAAAAAGAUAUAAUUAUUCAAGACGACGAUGUUGAAUGCACCAUGGUGGAAAAACGUGUAUUAGCGUUGUCUAGUAAACCACCGUUUCUCGUACAACUACAUUCUUGUUUUCAAACUAUGGAUCGUCUAUAUUUCGUGAUGGAGUAUAUAAAUGGUGGAGAUUUAAUGUUUCAAAUCCAACAAUGUGGAAAAUUUAAAGAGCCUGUCGCCGUAUUUUACUCCGCAGAAAUAGCGAUCGGACUUUUUUAUUUGCAUCUCAAUGGCAUCAUAUACAGAGACUUAAAAUUGGACAACGUACUAUUGGAUCAGGACGGUCACAUAAAAAUCGCUGAUUUCGGCAUGUGCAAAGAAGGCAUUAUGGGCGAUAAGACUACAAAGACAUUUUGCGGAACACCGGAUUAUAUAGCCCCAGAGAUAAUUUUAUACCAACCGUAUGGCAAGUCUGUUGAUUGGUGGGCUUAUGGUGUUCUCCUGUACGAAAUGUUGGUUGGACAGCCACCUUUUGACGGAGAAGACGAAGAAGAACUUUUUGCGGCCAUCACUGAUCACAGUGUCAGUUACCCCAAAGGAAUGUCUAAAGAAGCCAAAGAAAUAUGCAAAGGGUUUUUGACUAAAAAUCCGAUGAAAAGAUUGGGAGGAGGUCCUAGAGGCGAGGAAGACAUUCGUGGACAUGUAUUUUUCAGACGUAUCGAUUGGGCAAGAAUUGAAAACCGCGAAGUGCAACCGCCGUUUAAACCAAAAAUCAAACACCGUAAGGACGUGAGCAAUUUCGAUAAGCAGUUCACUGGUGAAAAAACAGAUCUUACCCCCACCGAUAAACUGUUCAUGAUGAAUCUAGACCAAACAGAGUUCAUGGGCUUCUCAUUUCUCAACCCAGAAUUCAUUCAGCAUGUAUAAUUUAUUUAUCUCCUUUAUAAGUAUCCUUUUUUUUCAAUUUUAUUACAGGGUUUUCCUUUACACUCCUUCGCUGUUAUCCUAUCCCGUCUUUGUCUACCGAUUCCGAAUUCACUAUAGUCAAUUGGACAUUACACAACACCCAUCGAAUUUCUUUCAGUGUUUUUAACUGAUAUACUUUUUGACCAUUAUCCCUGAUCACGUUAUCAAAACAAAAAAGAAACACACAUUUUCCGUUUUACUAUAUUCAGUAUUAUACUACUACUAUUACUAAUACUACUACUACUACUACUACUACUACUAUUUUUAUUACCGUUUCGGCCGACCCUUAUUAUCAUGAAUAAACUAAUUUACAUAAGUUGUAGUACACGACAUUUCUGAGGAACGUUCUCCGGAUGUCUAACCCUUGUCGUCAUACCAUACACAGUAUUUUCUAACGUAAGCUUAGAGUAUUGUCAUAUUAUUUUUCGUAGUAGUGAUGAGGAACAAUGAGUCGGCAAACGUUCGUAUUUCAGAGCACUCGAGUGCUGUACGCGUUUUAAUUUGACGUGGCACCUCAAGGGCGCAUGGACGUCCACCAUAGAACAUCGUUCCAUGAAAUAGGAUAAAAUUGGGACCAUUACGCCUAUUGAUAUGAUGUGUGGCUUUAAUUGUUUUACAUAGUUUUAAUCCAAAGUGAAAUAGUUGAUAGAAAAAAAACAUUUGAUGUUCUGAAUAGAAAAUUUAAAAAAAAAAAUGAAUAUAUAAGUUCUAUCUGUGAUCUAAACAAGUGCAAUAGACACAAGAUGUCAUUAAAUUUAAAUAAUAUUAUUUCUUUCGUUUUAUAUUAAAUAAUAUUCAACGUUUGAAUAUCCUAAACAAACAUAGUUACCUCGUUUCCGUUUAUUCCCUUUAUGAUAAAUACGAACAAACGUGUUUUUGUGUAGAAACGAUAGGUUGUGUCUAAAUAUUUUUUCUCGUUUAAAAAUAAUUUUAGUGAAAACUUUUAUUCGUACCUAUAUAUAAUUAUUAUUAUUGCUUAAAUGUUUACGUUAUUAUUUAAAUUAUUAUUAUUAAAUUACGUACGUAUAUAUUAAUAUAUUAUUAGUCACUCUCGGCUUAAACAUUCGGGAAUAUAAUUUUAAAACGUUAUAACGUUUAUUGUUCGUAAAAAAAGACAUUAAUUUAUAUCGGUCGUUUGAAAUAAAAGUAUAUUAAAUGGAUAUUUUUGUAGUGUUUAAGAUUAAUGGAUGAUAAUUCACAAACACCGUGGUAACAGUAAGUAAGGUACUUAAACAUUAUUUUUCUUUUUUUAGAAAAUCCAACGUACUUUUAUAUCAAACGAUCCCUAUUUCACGUUUAUCUAAAUGUGUUUGCAUAUUUUAAAUACGAGUAAUAUGAUAUAAUAUUUAGGUGAAUUUGGGAUUAACAACAUUUUAAGUGAUAUUUUACUAAACUGUACUAUAGUAAAUCAAAUUGGUAGUAACUAUGUAUUAUUUACUUCUAGCUAAUCUUUAACUUGCUCACAACUUAAGUCUAUUUGUAUAACUUAAGUUUAAAGUAGGAUCUGGUUAAGCUUGUAAAAGAAUAUUUAACGAUCAAAAUUGUAUUUACUAUAAAUGUUUAGUAUAUUUUGUGUUGUCUAGUUUGUACAUAAGUGUUGUACCUUGUACGCCUAAUUAUUCUUUUAUCAUUAUAUUUAUGUAAUCACAUUUUAUUGUUAAAAAAGUCUUUUAAUGUACAACAAUUGUGUUAAAAAAAUAAUUAAUUAUGUAUCUAAUAACACGGGCUUGGGGGAAUUUUAUUCGUAUUUAUUGUUGAUAAUUUUUUAAUGUUAUAUUAUUGUAACUUACGAUUUGUGCACUUUUUUACUUUAUUGUUUUAUUAUUUUCGGUCGUAUUAUUUCUCUUUACCCAUAUUUAUAAAUAUUAAAAAUAGUACGCCGUUCAAUCAUUAUUGUAGUCAAUUGACGUAUAAAUAAUUUGUUGUUAUUUUACAAACUUCUACCAUUAUUAGAUAGUUUGAUAAAAAAUUACUAAGUAAUUUUGUUUUCUCCUGAGACAUCCAACUAUAAAUUUUAUGUUUAAUUUGACCAAUCCGUAAUUUUUUUUAUUUUAUUUCAUUUUUUAUUUCUUAUUAUGACACUUUUUCAUAUUUUAAAUAAUUUUAGACACAAGUUAGUCGAUAGGCUAAAAUUGUGUUGAACACACCAUUAAAUUAAACUAAUACACCAUUCGAAAAUAAUAAAAUAUAUAUUAAUUGUUUACAAUACUGACAAUCAAAUAUCACUUAGUAAUUUCUGUCACAGUAUUUUAUCUUCUACUUCUUUAAUACAUUUUAUUAAUGUGCCAAAAUUCCUCUCAGUGUUGUUGAAUUAAUUACACCUAUAUAGAUUUUAACAAUCGUUUAGCAUUUAAUUCAUUUUAAAAUACAUUAUAAUAAUAUAUAACUAAUAGUUUUAACAUGUAAUACAUUGUAUUUUAUUUGUUUUUUUUUUCAAUUAAAGAUUAUAAUACUCAUACAUA